AUGAAGGCAUCGUGUGUUCUUUUGGGCUUGGCUCCCCUGGCCGCCUUGGCCGCGCCGACUCCCGAACUCGAGAUCAGCCCCCGUCAGGCACAGCAGAGCAUCGACGCUCUUAUGAAGGCCAAGGGCAAGCUGUACUUUGGAACGGCGACAGACCAAGGCCGCUUGAACACUGGCAAGAACUCUGCCAUCAUCAAGGCAGACUUUGGUCAGGUCACUCCCGAGAACAGCAUGAAGUGGCAGUCGCUCGAGAACACCCGCGGACAGUACAACUGGGCUCCAGCUGAUGCCCUUGUCAACUUUGCCGUGUCGAACAACAAGAGCAUCAGGGGCCACACUCUAAUCUGGCACAGUCAGCUCCCUGACUGGGUCAACAACAUCAACGACAAAACCCAGUUGACGACCGUUAUCCAGAACCAUGUGGCAACAGUGAUGGGCCGAUGGAAGGGCAAGAUUCGAGCAUGGGACGUCGUCAACGAGGUCUUCAACGAGGACGGCACCAUGCGCCAGUCGGUCUUCUCGCGCGUCUUGGGCGAGGACUUUAUCCGCAUCGCCUUCGAGGCGGCGCGCAAGGCCGACCCCAACGCCAAGCUGUACAUCAACGACUACAACCUGGACAACCCCAGCUACGCCAAGCUUACCAACGGCAUGGUGGCCCACGUCAAGAAGUGGAUCGCCGCCGGCAUCCCCAUCGACGGCAUCGGCAGCCAGGGCCACCUGCAGUCGGGUCAGGGCAGCGGCCUCGCGCAGGCCAUCAAGGCCCUCGCCGCCACGGGCGUCAAGGAGGUCGCCGUCACCGAGCUGGACAUCCAGAACAACAACACCGACGACUACGCCGCCGUCACCAAGGGCUGCUUGGCUGUCCCGACCUGUGUCGGAAUUACGGUAUGGGGCGUGCGCGACACAGACAGCUGGCGGCCUCAGGGAAACCCUCUGUUGUUCGACAGCAACUACAACCCCAAGGCUGCGUACACCGCGGUGGUGCAGGCUUUGAGUUAA